AUGCAAACCAACCAAUCACUUUUUGAAACAGCCGGAAAAGUAUUAAUGGAUUGGAAAACCGUAUUCGAAAUACCGACACUGCCAGACCUUCACAAAAAAUUUAGCGAAACUCGCAAUGACACCACACAAUACAUCCCCACUCCACCUAUCCACCCCCGACACCGUCAAACCAAUGCAAACCAAUCAACCACCUUUGACGAUGUGGCUUGUGAAAAAUUUAUAAUUAGCGCAGUUCAGGACAGUUGCGCAGUGUUUCGCAAACGACUUUAUGAACGUCGUUGA